GAAACACGCAAGGCCAACACAGCAGCUUGACAGGUGGAGUAUAAAACACCCAAGAAGAAGAAGGGAAGUGCUGCGGCUUCUUGAACGCCUGGACGAGGCGCUCCUCCUCGCUCACGGCUCGAGCAUUGGCAGCACACUCUGCUGAGACUGAAAAGAUAAAUUUCCUCGUUGGAACUCAGUCUUUAAGGAGAACCAACCAGGUACAACUUAUUGAGUUUGAUGAUGACACAAGCUUGGUGACCAAGCAGACCUUUGAACACCCAGCAGGAGAAGUGUGGAAGAUUGUGGCAGCUCCACAGAGUCCAGACAUGAUAGCAACUGUCUACAAUAACAAUGUCUCACGCAACUGGACUCACACGGCGCCGCGGCCACACAGCUGAGCUCAGUUCUUCCGGCGCGCCACUUGAACAACAAUACAGUACCCACGCUGCCACGCUACUCAACAAUAGGGGUGGGCAGGUACCGGUACCAGUACCGGUACUAAUUGUACCAGCUAUACGGUACGGCGCUGGUACCAGACUGCUCAGUACUGGUACCAAUACUAGCCAGUCGCUCAUGGUGUUCCUCAUUUCUUCUUCACACGAGUGAGGCUGAAACUGAGUGCCUGAGUGGAUAUCUCGGUGAUAUGGAUACUCUCUCUCUCUCUCUCUCUCUCUCUCUCUCUCUCUCUCUCUCUCUCUCUCUCUCUCUCUCUCUCUCUCUCUCUCUCUCUCUCUCUCUCUCUCUCUCUCUCUCUCUCUCUCUCUCUCUCUCUCUCCACUAAAUGAAGUGAAUAUUUAUUUUUCGAUAGAAACCUACCUCUUGUUUGAUUUACAUUGAUUUUGAUUUACGCGACCUCUUCAAGGACACAAUACUUGCGUAAAUCGAGAGUUACCUGUAUAAACUUCACUGCACACGUACAAUACUACAAAUAUUCACUAAACAUUAUUACAUUACAUUUCAAUUACAUUCAUGAAAUAUUUGUUUUCUCCUACCAUUUCAACCAUGUAACUAAUUUUUGCUAACGUUUAUACACCUGAUACUUACCUUUCUUCCUAUUAAGUACAUGUAAACUAUAUUGUAGCUUGGGUUUCAUCUUGUUUGUACAUAAAAAUAAAAUAUGUAAGAAAUUUGCGUACGCUAAACCCUUUCACUACAUUGUAUGGUUAGGCCUCUCGUACACGUGUUACCCUCCAACCAGUAUCACAGCGACCACGUUGGAUAAAAGUUAAGUAUAUCGUCAAAUAUCACGUAAAUUUGUCUAAUAUUCAUAUUCAAUACCUUAUCAACAGGAUCACGCCCCAUUCAAUAUGACAGAACACUAUGAUAUUGUUACACCAGUUGGUGUGCUUGCGUGUUUGUUUGUGUUGUGUGUAAGUGAUUGCAUGUGUAAUGUGAUGAAAUCAUGGGUAGCACGAUGCAGUGUUAACUUGGAAUGGUGCAGCAGUUGAAGGGUGAGUGAUGCAGGGGGUAUGGGGAGACAAGACGAGAGAGGGGUGACGGCGUGCGCUGUGGGGCGUUUGAGAGGGAGUUGCGAGAGAGACGCUCUGCGGGGCAGUUGAGGCGUGACUGCUGGGUUGGUUUGGUCGGUGUUUUGUGCUUGCCUGGAGAGCCGUGUGCAUGACUGUCAUGCCCCUGAGUGCCCCUUUAGUUGUACCGUGCCCUGUGGACUUCAGUGUACGUGUUUGGAGCCUGUUCAGUAAAGAGGAAUUAGUGUUGAGUGUUUCUUUGUGCCUUGCCUCAUGCCUUGCCUCCCUCGUGGUGCUGCGGUUUGAGUGUGGGCCGCUGUUGGCUGAUGCCUGUUUUGCUAUCUUGCUGGGUUCACAAUUCAUGUGUUUGCUCGGCACGCUGCCUUGCCUGCCCGUAGUUGGUGUGGAAUGGGGAGCGGCGUAACAUUUGGUGUCAAAGGAGUGGGUAUAAGUGAACAGUGAGGCUCGCUGAGUCAUCAUGGCGUCCCAAGAUGGCUGCCGUGAGGGAGAGGAGGUGGGCCAUGGGGCUGGCCCGGGUGAAGUGAAACCGGGCCAAAUGGACUUGAUCGCUGCCAUGCUGGCCGGUAUGAGGCAGGAAAUGGCAGUGGACCAUGAGGCACAGGCUCAGAAGGCACACGAGCAGGCUCAGAGGGUAGACAAGAUGGCACGCGAGCAGGCUCAGAGGGCAGACGAGCAGGCCUGCCAUCUUGUCGACGUUCUGCAGAGCAAUAUCUCGUCUCUGAAGGUGGAAACACAGCAGUACACAGACCGGGCUUGUGACAAGGUCAGGAGUGAACUGCUGGAGAAGGUGCAGACUCUAGAAGGUGAGGUCCAGGGCAUGAGGAAGGUGGAGAGGCAGCUGCGCGAGGUGGCAACGUCGCGUGUGGAGGAAAAAGAAGCCUCACGUGUUGUGGCGGCAAACACCGGGGUGGCGGAUCUUUUGGGGGUCGCGUGGGGCCCUUGGCAGGGAACCCUGGGGCCGCGCAGUGUCGUGUCGGAGCCAGUAGCUGCUGCAGGAGGCUGGGGAGCCAACGGAACCACUCUCUUGGGUCCAGCUGGCGCCGGAGUCGGACCCAUUUACCCCGCCUCGUUGCCUCCCUCACCCCAUCCCCCUCCUCCAUGUAGGUUGAUUUGCAGCCCACGUGGGUCGUGUCCUCCACCACACAGCCCCUCAGUUUCCCACCGUUCAGGGAGGCGCAGGCUGGCGGAGUAUGAUGGGAAGGUGGCCUGGGAGGCCUAUGUCACCCAGUUCGAGAUGCUAGCUGCUGCCCAGGGCUGGGGUGAGGCUGAGAAGGUGCUCUAGUUGGCAACAGCGCUACGGGGCCCCGCGGUUGGAGUGCUUGGGCACCUCCUGCCGGCACAACAUGCUUCUUACGGGAGCAUGGCGGAAGGCCUGUGGCGCCAUUUCGGGCAUCACCACCAGGCCGAGGUAUACCGAGCCCGCCUAAAGAAGCUGACCCGGGAGUGGGGCGAGACAUUGUCCCAGCUAGCGCAGGACGUGGAGGCGCUGGUAAGACGGUCGUAUCCUGCGGCCCCAGAAGAGAUGAUCGUGGUACUGGCCCUGCAGGACCAGCAGCUGCAGGUCUACGUUAAGCAGGCGCACCCUGGGGACCUGCAGGUGGCGCUGGCAAGGGCCUUGGAGUUCGAGGCCUUCCUGAAUACAACGAGCGGCCUAGGGGUGGCCAGCCUGCCCUGCCAUGACCUCCGGGGCCGGAUGGCGAAGGUGAAGAUGAAGGCAGCAUCCAAAGUAUAUAUAAACCGAGUCAAGUCACUCUGCCUUCAAAACCGCGACCAGCACGUGCAGGGGGCAGUUUGGGGCGGAGCAGCAGGAUGAUGUCACUUAAAGCCAGUUCACGGGUGACUAAAGUUGUGGCCGUGUGUGCACAUUGGAUGUGCAUUUUUGCCUUCUUUCACCGCACAUUCAGGCAAGCCACUGACGAAAAAAUUUGCCUUUUUUUAUUGUGCUAUGCGUGACAGUAAUUCUAAUGCCUACAAACGGCAGUGUGGUGUGAGAGGGGUCAUGUUAAAGUGAUUGAUUUAAAUUAGUCUGCCUUUCUUUGUUUUCUCUAAAUCCCUGUUUCUACAUUCUCUAGUUUGGCUCCAAGCAACGUCACGCCUCUGCUGUGUCUCCUCCCACAAAGCUGUGUAUGACUUGACUUGGUAUAUAUAGACUUUGGCAGCAUUGAGGAUGGUGAGCCCGGAGGGUUUCCAUGGCUCGUGUUGGGGCUGCGGCGAGAAGGGGCACAGGCGUAGUCGGUGUCCGAGGGAGCGUUCCCUCGAUGCAUUCCCUCGACCGGCUGAGCUCCGACGCCCUCCAACCUCACUGUAAAGAUUGUGGUCAGUCUGGCCACCGCCCGAGCGCCUGUCCCAGGCCCAAGGAUGUGGCGUGGGCAGGAAACACGGACGGGCUGGAGAAGGGGGCCGAAUCCCAGUCAUCAGUCCCAGGGCCCCGCCUUGUGUAAGCUGCCGCUGCCUGACCAGUGUGAUGCAAGUGGAAGGUGUAGUGGCGAGCGGAAGCCAGAGGGAGUUAGAUGCAUGUUUGGGCUUGUCGUUGUGCUCAACUGAGUGCCCUUGUGAGCUGUGUGCGUCCCGUGUGCGAGUCUGUCGUGCCUCUGUGUGCCUGAAUAACUUGUACUACUGUGCCCCAAGAACUACUGUUCUGUGCGUGGAGCCUGUCAUUAAACAAGGAAUUAGUGUUGAGAAUGUUUCUUUUUGCCUUGCCUGGUGCCUUGCCUCCCUUGUGGUGCUGCGGUCUGAGUGUGGGC